UUAAUCAAACUACGAUCUUCAUCUACACGACUAAUCACGUAUUUUAUCUACUGAUACUCUAUUUCUCUGCCAAACUGAUUGAACGAGUGCUCAGAAAGUAUAAUCCAGAGAUGUCAAUAGAGCAUCUUCGAAACUGCACAACGUAUAUCCUUGAGAUAAUCGUUACAGCCGUUGGCUUCUUCCUUUUGAUUGCGAUGUAUAAUCUCCUAGUCAAUAAAGAGAUUAGUUUACGUGAUUAUAAGUUAGGCCAAGUUGCCGGUUUAUUAAUAUGUGAUUUGUACAUAUUUGAACUUUUAUAUCGAACAACAAUGCGAAGACCACUUAUAAUUCAUCAUUGUGUAACAAUGACCAUGAUGUCGCUAGGAAUUUACGUUGUCAUAGAGGGCGGACUUGUAAUAUAUCCUCAUGCCGUGUUACUAUUAUUCCAAGCAACAACAGAGCAAAGUACAUUCCUCGGUCUACUUUUUUAUCGAAUAUUUCCAAAAUACGCCUCCGGUGUGCUAUUGUUUUCUUCAAUACAAGUUUUCGUUGUAAAAACAGCCACGUUAGCUUGGUGCUAUAUAUUUUGGGGACAAGAUAUGCUGCCAAAUAAAGACCAUCUGAAAAUUGUGACGGCGUGGAAUAUUAUAUUCCCCAUAGGUGCAUUCAUUCUAUUCCUCACACAGAUCUGGGCAACUUACGUG